GGCCGGUUUUUACUUUGCAAAUGGCUUUUGUCCGCUGAAUGCUUCAGAGUCGAUCCAAGCAGGAAGAGCUUUGCGGUGCGAAGGUGGUAUUACAUUCGUUCCUCUCGCCUUCGGUGUCAAAAGAGCAGGAAAAAGUUGCAAUUGAGACUGAACGCUUCUGAUCCAGUGACUGUUAUUGCACUGUUGGAAGGUUCCGUGCACCAUGUACCAUACCAUAGAAGUGUCAAUCCCGUCCUUCCGAUAUGAGGAGAGCGAUCUGGAGAGAGGAUACACGGUAUUUAAAAUUGAAGUGCUCAUGAGUGGAAGGAAGCAUUUUGUAGAGAAACGAUACAGUGAGUUUCAUGCACUCCAUAAAAAGCUGAAGAAAAGCAUCAAAACACCGGAAAUGCCUUCAAAGCAUGUGAGGAACUGGGUGCCUAAAGUCUUAGAACAGAGACGGCAUGGCUUGGAAGCCUACCUCCAGACAAUUCUGAUUGAAAAUGAAGAACUGCCCAAGAUAUUCUUGGAUUUCCUGAAUAUUCGUCAUCUUCCUUCUCUGCCAAAAAUUGAAAGUUGUGGCUCCAUUGAAGACUAUGAAUCUGAAGAAUGCAGCAAACUAUCCCACCAGCCAGUGCUGCUUUUCCUGAGGGAUCCAUACAUCUUGCCCACAGCCACCGAUGACUUCCCAAACGUAGUUAUUGAAGGUGUUCUACAUGGUACAUACUACCCGUACCUUCAAAUAAGGUAGAGUGGAUUCUACACGAAAGGCACCUCUGAGCAUCCAGCCACAAAAGUAACAGUUAGUGGAUAUGUUUUUAUGAGAAACUGUUCGCUCUCAAUGUUCUUCCUUGACAGGAAGUAUAUUUUAAAAUUAUUAUACCAUUUAAAUUUAACUUUUACAUUAUUCACUUAAUUAACUUAUGAGUAUAUAGCAAGUUUCAAUGUAAAUCAUUAUAAAUGAAUGUGUGAUGUUUCAACGUAAAUUGUGAGUAUGGAACUAAUUAGUACUAUGUGGAAACAUUUUUGUGUAAUUUUAAAGUAAAAUGUACUACUUCAUUAUUAAGUAGAGAAUAUUUUUGUUUUAUGGCUUAGAUGUAUUUUCCAGUUUGGGAAGAAAAACUCUAAUUAGACAAUGUAAGAAUGUUUGUUGCAUUUAAUUAUGUGGAAAUGAAAGCAAUAUUUAUCACUAAAUCACAUUACUGUGUAAUCUUAUUAAAUGCAGGGAUCUAUUCUGGGAUCCCUGUUCUUUGAAAUUUUUAUAAAUGACUUGUAUGAGAAGAGAAAGGGUGGGUUAAUAAGUUUGCAGAUGACCCAAAGGUUGACGGAGUUGUGGUAGUGUGGGGGGUUGUUGUAAAUCGCAAUGGGACUUAAAACAAAAUGCAGAGCUGGGCUGAGAAGUGGCAGAUAGAGUUCAACCCGGAAAAGUGUGAAGUGAUUCAUUUUCAAAGGUCAAAUUUGAAGGCAGAAAACAGAGUUAAUUGCAGGACUCUUGGUAGUAUGGAGGAACAGGGGGUUCUUGGGGUCCAUGAUCAUAGAUUCCCUCAAAGUUGCCACACAAGUUGAUAGGGUUAUUAAGAAGGUGUAUCUGUGUGGACUUUCAUCAUCUGGGGGAUUGAGUUCAAGAAUCGCGAGGUGUUGUUGCAGCUCUAUAAAACCCUAGUUAUACCACACUUGGAAUAUUGUGUUCAAUUCAGGUCAUCUCAUUAUAUGAAGGAUUUGGAAGCUUCAGAGAGGAUGCAGAGGAGAUUUACCAGGAUGCUGUGUGGAAUAGAGGGCAUGUCUAUUGAAGGUAGGUUGAGCAAGCUGGGGCUUUUCUCCUUGCAACGAAGGAUGAUGAGGGAUGACUUGAUCAAGAUGUACAAGAUGAUAAGAGGCAUAGAUCAAGUGGGUAGCCAGAGACCUUUUCCAGGAGAGAAAUGGCUAAUACAAGGCAGGAUCAUUUUAAGGUGAUUGGAGGAAAGUAUAGGGGGACGUCAAGGGAGGUUCUUUUCAGAGUGUGUGGUGGGUGCGUGGAAUUCCCUGCCAGGGAUGGUGGUAGAGGAUAGAUACAUUAGGAGCAUUCAAGAAACUCUUAGAUGGCAACAUGGAUGAUAGAAAAAAUGGAGGGUAAGUGAGGGAAGGGAUAGAUUGAUCUUAGAGUAGGUUAAAAGGUCAGCAUGGCAUCAUGGACCCAAGGGUCUGUACUUAGCUGAAAUGUUCUAUGUUCUAUGAAUUAGUAAAAUAUUUCUGUUAGAAUCCAUUGUUAUAUGUAAUAAAUUUAAUCAUCACUGAACAACAUG